AAGGGACUUUGAGCGACUUGUUGAGAAACCCCAAGCCAUGGAGCAAACUCAAGUCUGGACGGGAAACAUUUAGAAGGAUGUGGAAAUGGUUACAAGAACCCGAGUUUCAAAGAAUGUCAGCUCUUCGGUUAGCAGUUUGGUGCUUUCAGGGGAGUCCACUCCUCCUCUCCCACUGAAGCUGAUUAAUUUGAAACAGCGUAAAAUUCAGGUACAGCCUCCUCACAGCCCUAUCACACCCAAACUUACCCCGGCCAAGGUCCUGGCCAGCAGCCACGCUUCUCGCAAGCAUGCAAGAGGAAAGAGGCAGAGCAAGAAAAGCCGCCAGAGGAAAAUCGACCUCCAAAAAAAACCACGACUGGUGUUCACAGAUAUUCAACGCCGUACGCUUCAUGCAAUAUUUAAGGAAACAAAACGUCCGUCGAAGGAGAUGCAAGCUACUAUUGCACAGCAACUUGGACUUGAAGUGAGCACAGUAGCCAACUUCUUCAUGAACGCCCGACGCAGGUCUUUGGAUAAGUGGCAAGACGAUAACGGAAACAACAACCGUGAAAGUGCAAGUUCGUGUACGAAGAGUUAACCAUGUAUGUCACAAUUGUGGAUCUCCUUGCUCGCUCUCAUAGAUUCAUACAUCAGAGCCGGGACUACUUUUCUCGUCAUCAUGACCUCAGAAGUGUCAUUGUCGUUGUCCUAUAGCCAUGCUCGAUGCAAUCCAAAGAACAACCGACAUCUUUAGUUUGUUAUUGCUAUUUAAGUUGUAUGUUUGCUUUGUUUUCAACAUUCCAUCAGCUGUUGAUUAUAUAAAUUAUUUAAUUUAAUAUUGACCCCAAUUUAAAUUAUUGUUUCUCUUAACAAAUCAGGUAUUGUAGACUCUAAGUCCUAGCCAAAUUUUUAUAUUUAUUUAUUUAUCAUAUACCGAAAGGUAUCUGGUUUUAACCUCUGAUUUAAAAAAAGACAUGGUCCAAGACCAUAAUCGUUAUAACCACUGAAAAUCCAUCCUAUGUGCUUCAUAUUUUGUUUUGGCUAUUGCUAAUCUAUUUAUCAAUCGCUUUACUAUUAUCGUUUGCAAGUUGUUUUUGAUGACAAAUAAGUUAUGGAGUUGAUACAUAUUGCGACGUGUAGGUCAUUCGAGACAUAUCAUUUCUCAAUUCAUAUUUGUAUGAAGCCAAGGGAGGCUUUUAUGCCCAUAUUCAUCAUUCCAUUGAACUAGUCACUUCAUUGCUCCUCCCUGCUACCUAUCUUAUUGUAUAGUUCGUUAGUGUCUAACGAGCUCUGUGGAAACAAAGACUUUUUUGUGGAAUCGCAUUGAGGUUCAGAUAAUGUGCAAUAUUUUUCACAUUUAUAGUGUAGAUAAUCAUGAUAAAUUAAUUUUUUUAGUUAUUUUUUUGUGGUUGAUUUUGUUGAAAUUGUGUUCUGAUUUUCAGUAUUUGUCAGAUUGUGCUCCUUGUAUUGUUAUGAUCAUCAAAGUAUUUUUUGGUCAUUUUGAUCAAGAUGAUAAUGUGCGAGUGGAAUCUUAUAUAUCAUUUAUGUUUUAUACACGUUUUAUGAAAUCCAUGACCAAAUUUUGCGUAUUACGGAAAAAUCUCAGUCCAAUGAUGGUUACUUCGAGUGUUAAGCCAAUAGGGACAAAAUAACACCAUGGUGCUAAAUCUUAAUCAUUUCUUUUCUCUCUAAGCAAUAGGAAGAAUCUUGUUACAGUUUCAUCCAAAUGAUGAAGAUAUCGGUUCAUAAAAAUUCAAUUAAUAUUUCUUAUGAAGUCCAUUCCACAUCUUUUUUUUCCAUUCCACGUAUAUAUUUACUGAGACUCGAAGCAAUCAUCUCAACAGUAUAGAUCCUUGUUAAUUUCAUGUACAGUGUAUUUGAAGUUAUGUAAAAAAAUCUGCACCAGUUUCGGUGAGGCCCAAGUAGGCUGAGGUGUAUUUCUUUGUUGUAUACUAAGUUAUUUAUUUAUUUAUUCCAUGUCACAUGAUCGUUUGUCAGCUGGAAACUACGUGAUAGGUGUUUCCGAGGUCCAUGCAAUAAAUAUACAUAUUCAUCGAUUCAACCCCAGUAUUCAGGGUCCAAUUUGUACAUAGAAAAGCGUCUCAGUUUCUAUUAAAUGUAUGUUUUGUGUACGGUUGUUUUGAUGCAUUUAUAAAUAAAUAUAUAAUAUAUAAACUGUCUCGUGCUGUUUUAGCCCGCUGCUGUAGCUAAUAACUGCACCAGUAGAAACCAUUGAGAUGUGUACAUUGGUAUGAAUCUCUAUGUAAUUGUCUCUGUAGUUCAAGAGAACAUGUAUGUUUGAUCCGCUGUAUAGAUGAAAAUCUGAUAGAUAGAUGAUCUGAUGCCAUCUGAAUUCACUCAGAUGCCAAUACUAUCAUGAAUGAACAAAAACAUUUUUUGUAAUGAAACGUUUUUUUCAACAAGAAAAAUAUAAGAUACGUCCUUUCAAGGAUGCGUCCAUUGUGUUGUCAUGGCAACGAGGAGGCAUGCCCGUUGAGAGGGUCUCCCUGCGUCUGAGUUGUGUUAGCAGUAGCAGUGUUUGUUUUGUGUGAGACUGGGCUUGCUCCGUCAACUAUGGAAGGGGACAAAGGGACACAUUAUAUCUGUGGAACAUCACACCAGGCAGUGUGGGAGCGUAGCAGAUGUUGGUGUACGUACAUGUGGAACUGACUGGGUUCUUGCACAGUGCCGCGGUGCAACUCGACAGUGGUUGAGUGUUCUCUGCAGAGUUCCAUCUGUAAAAGUGUCCACAACGCCAACUUGACAAACUUUGGCAUUGCCAGAAAACAUAUCGCCUUCCUGUGGUAUUUAUUUGCUAUGUGUAGCAGCUUUAGUUUGCUAAUUGUUUUGUCAAUGACAAAUCCAUUUAUCAUAUCAUCCUGUCCUUACUGAUAUAGGGUAUUACUCUGGGUUCAUAUAUUUUAAUGUGAAAUUUUUAUAUUUUUGUGCAUAGGGCAUGAACAUGUUAAUGGAUGUUUGAUUUAUUGUUAAAACAUUUUAUCAAAUUGGUUUUCAAAGUUAGUUUUAAAACAAGAUGUAUUGGAAUCUCAUUAAGUGAAGAUCUGAGAUUUUUUUAAGACAUUAUGAACAAAGGUUUAUUUAUUUCAUAAAUUUAUGCUAUAAGUGCUACUUCUUGAAUGAAGAAUUCUGAAGCUUUUGUAUCUCUCCUGUGGAAAGGUCACAUAUGAUUUGAAUCUACAAGAUGAGGCCUUGUUUUCCAAAUUUACCAUUCAGCGUUCAUAUCAUGCCCCUAAGUGUUAAUCCUGCAGAACAUAAGGCAGCAUUUAAAUAGUGGAAGGUUUUCUCUGCAAUGUCGGUAUAGGUUUGUACAAUUUACAUGGAAGCAGUGGUACUUAAGUGUACAUGACUCUUGGAUUGUGUUGAUUAUUUAGAAGGGAGUCAUUACGAAGAAAGAAACAUCUUAACGUGUACAUAUUCAAACAUUUCUUAACAGACCUGAGAAAUAUCUGAAAUUCUUCUUUAAGUCUCAGUUGUAAUAUCGAAACUGAUUUUGUUGUAGAAGUGUUCAAAAUUGGGGUUAAGAUGGGAAUUUUGUUAGUUUGAAUAUGGACAUGUAGUUUGAUGUUUUUAGCAAUAUAUGCAAUGUCUCCCUUACUUGAUGUGUGUAAACAAUUCAACUGGUGCAUUAUGAAUUUCAUACCAUACUGGUUGUCAAGCUGUGUGUGCUAAGUUCUAAUUUAUCAUUUAUGAUGUAUAGGGAAUUCAAUGUAACAUGAAUUAGCCAAUCAAGUUUAAAUUAAGCUGCAGAAAACUGCAGCAACUAGUCAUGAACGUUGAUUUUGUCAAAACAAUGGAUUAUUGUGCAAUACAAUCGUUUGUCCGUCGUUUGUAUUUCUACAUAAAGCGUGUGAACUUUUGUGGUGCAAUUUAACCUCUCAAGCAAAACCAGCUGCAACAAUUUUAGAUAGGUUGUGUAGUUUAUCCAACCUUAUUUUUAGACUGUUUUUGUUAAGCUUUUUUGCUUUGUAGUUUAGACCAUGACUCGUCAACCAUUUUGAGACGAAGUCGUAGCAUGCAACAGCAUUCUGAUUAGUCAAUCAGAGGCAGCAGUGCAGCAGCAAUUUGUAAGUGAAGGUAGCCCAUGUUUCGUAUGUAACUACCUUCCCCAAAACCACUGUACUAUAGAAUGUUGUCAUUGUGCUGAUCAAUGUGACCAUCUCACAGAUAUGCAACAGGACCUAGAAACUACUGUCUGUAUGAUAAUACAAAUAAUAAAAUAGGCACCAAGCUCA